UUCGUGGGGCUUCGCUCUCGAUACGGUCUCAUUGUGAGACAAAGCUACAUACGUCGAAGACCAAUGCCAAUGAAGGGAAAGAGGAGAGUUGAGAUCGCGGCGCUCCUGUUGCUGUGCGCUCUUUGUGACGGAGACGAGUUGCAGCCUCCGCGAGACGCACCUCGAGCGCAAUGUAUCACCACCAGCCUAACUGGGGUGUGGUGUACUCUGUCUGAAGCCCAUCUGAAUGGUUCUGGUCCUACCAGACUAGAGGUCCCUGCUGGGCAGAGCCUCCAUAUCAUCAUGCAGAACCUCCCAGGAGACCCUGUCUGCCGCUGGAGCCGUGGACCUGACCCAAUAAGAGGGGGCUAUUCUAUGGCCAUACCACAGACGUCUGUGAGUGAUUCUGGAGAGUACUCCUUCGGCUGUAUGUAUUGUGGCAUCAUCUCCUCCCUGACGCUCUCUCUACUGGUUGGACCUCCUCUGAGACGUCUGUCAAAGUCCCAUCUGAAAUACAUCCCUGGGAGAAGAGGCUUUUUACCUAACUUCCAGUGUUCUUCAGAGGGAAAUCCCAAGCCAGAAAUCAAAUGGUUCAAUAACCUUGACAAGACUGGACAAGGUAGUCAUGGGAACGAGACAUCUAAGGACUCCGAGAGGUCCAACAACACAGAGGGAAGUAAACCAUACUACAAGACAACAGUUAUGUGCUGUGCUAUUAACCCCAAAGGAGAAGAGUGUUCUCAGCUCUAUGACUAUGACUUGGACAGCAGUCGUAGUGUGGAUGAUGAUAAUGAAGCUCCAGAGAUCACUCUGAGCCCGGGUCAGCCGCUGCUGCUCCGCUGUAGAGAGAGAGAGAACAGCACCACACAGUGGCUGACGGAGAAUCAGGAACAUGUGUCCGUAUAUCAACUAUCCUAUAAAGGAAUAGGUAUGACCUACCUGUUCUUUGAGUCGGUGAGAGUGAACCACAGUGGCAUCUACAUCUGCCGGAGCAACAACAACAAGAUGAAGUCCACCCACAUCCGGGUCCUGGAGAAGGGCUUCAUUUCCAUCGACCAGCUGAAUGAGAGCAGUACCAUCUCAGCCCAGGAGAAGCCAGGGUUCUGUCUGCGGGCCCUGGUCUCCUCAUGCCCUCUCCUACACUGCCAUUGGCUGGGCCCGGGUGGUGUACAGACCCAGUGCCCUGAACCCACACGGCUGUGGAAGAACAGGACUCUGGAGCUAUGUAACGCUGAGCCAGGAGAGUACCAGUUAAAUCUGGAGGCUGGGGUGCUGAACCUCACAAAGACCCUCUCUCUGUGUGUGGCAAGUACACCCACCCCCACUCUCUUCCAGGAAGAAGACUACAUCACCUCCUCCAACUCCUCUCAACUCCUGAAGGUGUCCAGUCUGGUUCUGUUCCUGGCUUUGAUGCUUGUCAGCGUGGCACUGCUCUACUUCCUCAGGAAAAAGAAACCCCAGUACCAGAGCCAGCUGCAGGUGAUUCAGAUGACGGGGUCUAAUGACAACGACUACAUCUACAUCAACUUCAAAGACUUCCAGUAUGACCAGAAAUGGGAGUUCCCCAGAGAGAACCUGGAGCUGGGGAAGGAGCUGGGCUCUGGGGCCUUUGGCAUGGUGCUUCAGGCUACAGCCCACGGCAUCUGCAAUCCUGGGAUCUCCCUGCAGGUGGCUGUCAAGAUGCUGAAAGGGCCAACGUACCUGAUCUUCCAGUACUGCCAUAAUGGGGACCUGCUGAACUACCUGAAGAACAACAGAGAGCUGUACCACAAGUCUCUGACCGAGGCCUUCACCAGGGACCGCUUCAGUAGACUUUACCACAACCUGCCCAAGAGGAGCUCCACUGGAGGGCAAGAGAGCAUCGCCCUCUUCAGCCUCACCUCCUCUCCUAUGGACACCUCUGAUGGUCCAGGGAUCUAUGAGAAGCUGCAGGGAGAGGAGGAGGAGGAGGCACUGACCUAUGACGACCUGCUCAGCUUUUCCUACCAGGUGGCCAAAGGCAUGGACUUCCUGUCCUCUAAGCACUGCAUCCAUCGGGACCUUGCGGCCAGGAACGUGUUGGUGUCUCAGGGUGGACUAGUAAAGAUCGGAGACUUUGGACUGGCCCGGGACGUCCACAACGACUCCAAUUAUGUAGUGAGAGGAAAUGUGCGUCUGCCAGUGAAGUGGAUGGCUCCAGAGAGUAUCUUCCAAGGGAUGUACACCAUGCAGAGCGAUGUCUGGGCCUAUGGUAUCCUGCUGUGGGAGGUCUUCUCUCUGGGUUUGACGCCCUACCCGGGGAUAAAGGUGGACAACAACUUCUAUGUGAUGAUAGAGAGAGGUUUUAAGAUGGAGCAGCCGUACUAUGCCAGUGAAUCUGUGUAUAAGAUGAUGUGCAAGUGCUGGGCACUGGAGCCUCGGGGCCGCCCUCACUUUGCCACGCUGGUGGCCUUCAUGGGCGACCAACUGGCCGACAUUGAGGAGAAGCUCUACCGUAACAUCCUGGACAAGAGCUCCAAUGACUCCUUAUACCAGAAUGCACCAGUGAAUUCUGACCUCUCUGACUUGGCCAAAGAAAACGGGGUUCUUUUGACACAGUCACAGAACCAACACUGCAAGACCCAUUCCACUGGAGAGGCCCCAACAACCAAAAUAACACCCUCUGACAUGGAUGCCAUGGAGGCUGAUGAUGAUACACCUCUGUAACCAUAUCAGUGAGUGCAGGGGCCAAUCUAUCCUUCUAAUUAUUCUAUUCCAUACAAUACACUCAAGGUUGGGGAGUAAUGUAAGGGAUUACAAAAAAACAGAAACUGCUAUCCGUAACAGCAAAAAUAUUGUUAUCGGAUUACAUAUAGUUUUGAAAAACUAGAAGUUUACUUAGAGGAUUACUUUUAACUUCAGAAAGGAUGUUUUCUCAAUGACAUUCUAAUCAACAUUGAAAAAAGGCCCAAGUUUAUGUUUGUUUCACCUGAGCGAGUCUGACCACAAGUCAGAGACAACUACGAUGACACACAAAAUGUGUUUGAUGGAUUGCGGGAAAAGAGCAGGAAUAGGCUUUUGUUGGCUACAGUCCAAGCUACGGCUUCCAA